AUAAGCCAAUAUUCAGAGAUAUGGAAGGCGAACAAGCUGAAGUACCUGUGGAACCACCACCACCGGAACCAACACCAACUCCAGAACCGGCGCCAAGCCCAACUCCUCCGGCUCCCGUACCUCCGUCAGCGGAAUCCGCACCAGUUCCUGCUGCGGCACCUCCAGCCGAAGGAGUUCCAGCAGUUCCUGUGCCAGCAGCUGAAGGUGUCCCGCCGGCGGACGGAACUGCUCCAGCACCUGCUGAAGGCGCACUUGCAGUAGCCUCCGUAGAAGGGACCGCACCACCUACAGAAGGAGCUGCACCGCCGGUGGAAGGUGCAGCGCCACCAGCAGAAGGAGCUGCACCUGCAGAAGGAACGGCCCCGUCAGGAGAAGGCGUGCCUGCUGAAGGAGUACCUCCGGUCGAAGGUUCUGCACCUACCGCUAUUCCUGCAGAGGGUGCACCCGCAGAAGGAGCUCCUACCGCAGCUCCAGCUGAAGGUGCAACACCAGCAGUACCAGCCGAAGGAGCUGCUCCUCCAACCGAAGGAGCUGCUCCUCCAGCCGAAGGAGCUGCUCCUCCAGCCGAAGGAGUUGCUCCUCCAGCAGAAGGAGUUGCUCCUCCAGCAGAAGGUGCACCGGUCGCACCAGCUGAAGGAGCCAUACCUGCAGCUGCACCCACAGAUGCGACUCCCGCAGUUCCAGCUACACCCGCGCCGACCGAAACUAAUCUAAUUUUGAUAUUGCGAGUUACAAUCCGCAUCAGAGGCAGUCCCGCGCUAAAGAGCGCGAAAUACAUCAUGAACGCACCCGCAUCGUAACUGAAAGAGUGGAGACGAGGGGUCAUCUUGUCGCAUACUCUCCUCUCGUUGACGUCAAACUUUGCGGAACAUCUACACAGCGGUAAAGAUACGGAUGUAUGUGGAACCAGUAUCCUACCUGACAUCGCGGAUCGCGCUUUUCUUGUCGUCAUCAUCAUUAUCAUUACCAUUAUCGUCAGCAUCGUUACCAUCUCCAUCGUCGCCGUCGCUGCGCGCCGUCUCGUCGCCGUCACUUCCAUCGCUCACGUCUUGCAUAUUCAUCACUCAUGCAUCACGAAAACUCGCACGUGCCGCAUGAGGUUUCAAAGGAAAAAAAAAACGAACAAAAAGAAAAGG